UCCCUGACUACAGUGAAUGUAGAAAGCUGUUUUCUUUUAUUCUGGUGGUGGCAAUUGUAGUAGCAGCUGGACACCUUUUGCCUUUACAUUUAGGAAAAGAAAGCAGAGAGCACACAGCAAAGAAAAGUGGCCUCCCGAAGAGAGUGCUGGCGAUGGCUUCUGUCAGAAACAUUCCUUUUGGAUUCAAUGCAGAUUAUGAGAUUGUGACAAAAAUUAUUGGGAGCAAAUAUGUCCGGUGCCUUGUAGAAAAACAUGAGGGCGCAAAGCAGAGUGUGAAAGCUGAGACACAGUCCAUGCUGAGCAAAUUGCUCCCCACUAAUGCAAGACAGACACAUGGAAACCCUCCAGGCCUCAAUAAGCUUCCUUGUCAACAAAUCAGCUAUCGUCUCAGUGAGGAACAACAGAACAAAGGUGAAACGGAAGAGUACAAGUCAAAACAAGCAGAGGCAACUGAUAGCAGAUCUGUAGGCAACCAAGAUUUAAGACCACUAAAUACACACUGUGUCACAGCUCCCUGUGGAGAUAAGUCUUUCUCCUACAUUCACACACUCCAAAAACCAUGCAUUGGACCUCAGACUGUAAGGCAACAUGAAGGAAAACAGGAUACCGUGCAAGAUUCCACAGAGAAAUAUAAAGAGUAUGAUUCUCUUUUGGCUGUCCUGAGAAAGGAGCUUGAGGCAACUCCUCUGAGUAUCUCCACAUUAGAUGAGCUGCAUGAAGAAUGCAAACUUUUGGAUCCCAGAGUUUCGGGAUUUGUGCCUCAGGCACAGCUGAGUCACUUGCUUCUAAAACAUGAAGUCCCUCUGCAAUUACCAACAGUUAAACUCCUUUUCAAGAAAUAUUCAAAGCCAAAUGAUCAGGAAUUGAUAUAUUAUGAAAAAUUGUUCCAAUUUUUAAAACUAGUGGCAGUCUAUAAAAUACAGCCAAGACCAGCCCUUCUACAGAAGAGUCAAAAUGAAAAGAAUUGCAACCAAAGCUCUUGGACUCCAGAAGACGCAGUCCAGGCUUUGAAACAAAUCCUGAAACAACAUAAAGAACUAGAUUUAGGAAAACUAAGCCUGAGUUUUCUAGAACAAGACAACACUUCCUCGGGUCUCCUGUCAUUCUCUGAGAUAGAGAUGAUUUGCCAAAAGCACGGAUUACCUCUGCACCCUGGGAUGACAGAAGCUUUGCUUAGCACCUAUGAUCUGAGUAGAAGAGGCAGAAUACUAUGGAAACCGUUUGUGGAGUUUCUGAAGAAAGUCCAGGCCGGGAUAGACCCUUCUUCAUUUAUUUGUGAAAGGAGAAAUAAGAAGAAAAGUGAAGAUGAUUCUCAGAAGGACAAAGGACAGCAGAAAUAUCUUGCUGGCCAAACUUGUACUCAGAUGAAUCAGGACUCAUCUGGUGAUUUUGAGGAACAAGAUGCUUGGAUAGACCGCUUCAGAAAACUGGAGCAAGCCCUUCAUUUGUCUGAUGUGAAAAACACAGGCAAGCUGGAAAAAGAAAAAGCCAAGCGCUUGGUACAUAACUACAAUCAAAUUUUUGAUCUGUGCUUUAGUCCACUGAAAAUCGAUGAAGCAUUUAGACCUUUCUAUCCUGGACAAGAGAUGCCACUGGAACCUCUGCUGAAUUACUUAAAGGAGCUGUAAAAUGUAUAAUUAACACAGCAAUCAUUGUAUAUGUAUGUGUAUUUGCUUUUUGAGAUUCUUACCCAUUCAGUAUCUGCUGCUAUUUUCCACAUGUCAGCCAGCCUUUAUUUUCACAUGAUGAAAAGAAAAUGCACACACAUGCAUGCAGGGAGACUAUCUUACCACCUGUGACAUUCCCAAAUCUCCCUCAAUUUUGAAAGCUAGACAGGGCCAGCCAUUAGUAAAGUUCUCAGAUUGAAAUGUUCUCACUUUGAAGUCUGGAUCAUGUACAUAUCAAAAUUUGACGUUUAUACUGGAGAACUGAGUAAUUUUUCCACUGAAGGCUACAAUACGACCACUGUAUCUAUAGGGGAUUGGUUCCAAGAAUUGUUGAAAGCAUGGGUAUAGGAACACCAUAUAUGGCAUAAUCUCUGGCUCCUUCUAGAGGCUAGUUCUGGUAAUACAUCUUGAAAAUUCGUGUUUGUUUUGUUUUGUUUUGGAGGGGUGUUAUUUAAUAUUUUCAGGAAGUGGAUAAUUGAAACUGUGAGUGCUAAUCCCAGGGAUACCGCGGUCCUACUGUAUUUCCUUUGAAGAAUGGCAAAAUUUAUGGAAGGAGAUUGCAGGUGAAAAUUAAUUUCCAAAAAGACAAUGGACAAAAGAAGUUUUUUAUGAUUAUUAAAAUUUUAAUGAAAAAACGGUAACACAUUUAUCUAGUGGAGUUUUCAAUUUAAAUCUGAAAUAUUACUAAAGUCCCUGUGCUGACAAACCAAGCUGAGGAUGCAGUACAGUUAUAUUAUUAAAACCUAAAUAGAUAGCUAGUGACACUAUUAUUAGGACUAAGCAAAAUGAGCCUAACCUAAGCAAGUUUUUGGAUCCAGUACUACCUCUGGCUAUGUAGUACAAAACCAGGAGGAAGGAAAAAUCUAGAUUCUCCCAUUUUUGAAUCUCCUAACCUGAUAAAGAGUUCUGGAUAACUUGAAAGCUUGCAUACUUUUUGUGUAUUUUGUCAUUAAUAAAAAAUAAAAUAAUAAAAAUA